UGCGCCCCUGGAGGAAAACACCACACGUCCCAUCGAACAGUAACUGCUAACCAGUAUUAUUUUAUUUCAAGUGUCAAGGAUGCAAACAGUCAUGGCUGAUGGGUAACGCAAACCAGGCGGUAAUCUACCAAACACCGCCCGGACAUCCUACAACCGAUGACUAAUCUCAUUUGAAACGACUUCUUGCACGCGGCCGGAUCGAAUAUUUAAAUCAACUUCGUUAUUGUGACAGCGCGAGGAUGAAUCCAGCUGGCCUGUUGUGCGACACCGAGCGGCCGCGACACCGUCCGUUUUUGAUCGGGGUCAGCGGAGGAACCGCAAGUGGAAAGUCCACAGUGUGCGCCAAAAUCAUGGAGAUGCUGGGUCAGAACAAGGUGGACCACUGUCAGCGUAAGGUCGCCAUCGUCAGUCAGGACAGUUUCUACCGGGUCCUCACUCCAGAACAGAAGGCCAAAGCUUUAAAGGGCCAGUACAACUUUGACCAUCCAGAUGCGUUUGAUACAGAGUUCAUGUGUCGGACUCUGAAGGACAUCGUAGAAGGGAAAGUGGUGGAGGUUCCUACUUAUGACUUUGUCACACAUUCCAGGCUGGAGGAGAAGAUUCGCGUGUACCCCGCUGAUGUGGUGCUGUUUGAGGGAAUUCUGGUGUUUUACACGCAGGAGGUCAGAGAUAUGUUUCACAUGAAGCUGUUCGUUGACACGGAUUCGGAUGUGCGUCUGUCUCGCAGAGUUCUGCGGGACAUGCAAAGAGGCCGAGAUCUCGAACAGAUUCUUUCGCAAUACACAACCUUUGUAAAACCCGCCUUCGAAGAAUUCUGCCUUCCGACCAAGAAAUAUGCAGAUGUUAUAAUACCUCGAGGAGUUGAUAACAUGGGUAAAUUUGAAACAAAUGACGAAAUUGAAUCAAGAAAUAAAUUCUUGCUUUAUAAAGCAGUAUUAAACUUUUUUUUAAUUCCAGUGGCAAUAAACCUGAUUGUUCAGCAUAUUCAGGACAUUCUGAAUGGGGACAUCUGUAAAUGGCAGAAGGGCUCUGUGAAUGGACACGCCUAUGGGCGGAGUCAAAAGAGGGGUGCGGCUGAACACGACGAGAUCUCCGUAGCAGGAAAUCUCCUGCCGAAACGACCCCUACUAGAGCCCAGCACGCGACCGCAUUAACACAAAAACACACACGCGUUAUUAAAACUUGAAUUUUUUUCUGCAUGCUUCCAGGCCAUCUCUUCCCACGGACUGUAAGUGAUUGUCUGCUGCUUAUUUGCGUCUUCUGUCUUUGUGCGUGACCUUUGACCUGUAACUCUCUUUCAAAGAGCUGCUCUUAAAAUGUAAAUUAUUGAAAGUUACCUGUUGUGGCGGUAAUCCCGCGUUAACCUGAAAUGAAGUGUUAUGGUAAACGAAGUCGUUCAUUCAAUCUCUUUCAUCUCACAGGGCUGUAAUUCCAAAUUAUGUUAAUUACAGAAUAAAAGUCAAAUAAAUUUGUAUGUAGAUAAGUACAUUCGUGAAAUCGUUUUAAAUGCUUAAAAAGGGUGAGAUUUGCCUGUGUGGAUUGUAAAUUCUGUUUGAUCAGAAAAAGACAAACAAUGAGUCAUGUGAUUAUUUACAAAUUGAUUUAGUAUUUAACAAUAAUUUAACCGCAAAGUGUAUUUUCGCUUUCAAAUGUGAAUAUUUAUAAAAUAUUGUUCAUUUGUUAUCAAUGUUUGCAAAUUGUCCACUUUUUAAAUAUUAAAGGAAACGUGAUGUUUCUUGAUUAUUUGCA